UAAGUUGUUUCAGAUUGAUCACUGAAACGGAACAAUGACACUAACUCUCAGCCUCAACAAGUGGGCAGCGGGCCUGCCUACUCUGAAAGCAACGCCUUUUCCAAUCAGAUCCAACCAGUAUACCAAUCGUUCCCAUCCAAUGAAAUGGGAUACCAAAAUGUUCCCCCACCUGAAGGCAUUCUCUAUCAGAAUAAUGUGCGAUACUCUCAAGAAGGUUUGAGCCGCAUUCCAUUACAUCCAGUUGAUAAUAGCCAAAUUGACUUUAGUUAUCCGGCGCCAGUCGAUGUUCCUCAAGGCUUCCAUCCUGAAGGUCCUCCGCCGAUGAUGGGCCCACCACCAAAUCUUCCAUUUCCACGACCCCCAGGACCAGAUGGCAUGUUUUAUCCACCGCCACCUGGCCCUAUGUUUAAUGAAAUCGGUGGACCAUUGCGUCAUCGAGGAAGGCCCCCAAGAGGCAAAAGAGGAAAAAGGGGUUUCCCCUUUGGUCGGGGACAGAUGCACAUGCGGCCCCGUGCUCCACCUCCUCACGUGAGACCUCCAGCACCGAGUCCAACAGCUCACAACAACUUGAUCACUCUAACACAGUCACAAAACCUGAAAAAACUAGAUGCCACAGCAGACGAGAAAGUUGAAGAAGCCACAAAGACAGGUCCUGAAAAACCAGUUAAGACAGUUACGGAUAAAGAUAAAUUAUACAAUUCUUUGGAUUUACCGCAGCAUAGAUACUGCAAAGUGACAGCCAACUCAAAAGAACCAGAACAAGAAAAGACUGAAGAAUCUUCAAAGUUCAGCCGCUAUGAAGUAGAGGACUCCGACUCCAGUGAAAGUUCUGAAGAUGAAGAUGCAGAAGAUGAAAGUGAGGAAGAAGAAGAUCCUGAUGUGUUAAAUUUACUAGAUGAUGAUGAGGAUGACCUAGAUAAGUUAAUGGAAAAAAUGGAAAAAGAAAUGAGUGGUGGAGAUGUCAAACCUAGUAAAGCUAAAUCAACCAAGACUCCUGUAAAUAAAACUAAGCAGAGCUCUAUAGUAAUAUACGAUACAAAUGACGGCAAGUCUUCAAAAACAAGUGAUUUAGAUGCAAAAGAGUCUAAGUCCAUUAACUCUAAUGAAGAAAUUAGAAUUGUAAAAUAUUGUGAUAAUCCGCAAGAGUCAGAACAAGAAUUGGCGAAAUUUGAGGAUGCCUCCAAUAUCAUCGUCAAUGAAGCCAACUGUAAAAUAGAAACUAGUGAAAAUGUUUCCAAUUUAGUUGUAAGUAGCUCUAUUUCAAAUUCAGAUAGUCAUAGCACAACUAAUAUCGAUGCUAUAGAUAAUUCGAAAGAGAUUAGCUCUCAUCAGAGACCCAAAUCGCCAUCCGCUAGAAAAUUAUCACCUGCUCCUAGUAAAACAUCGUUACCCCCACCAAGAACUGAAUUCAGCCCACCACUCCAUAGGUCGCCACCCAGGGGGUCCAAACCAAUCUCUCCAAGUAGAGGAUCAGGUAUAGAACCAAUUUUACCCAGAUCCAGGCAAUACUCACCAAGAAGAUUCCGAAGCAGGUCACGCUCACCUCCCUACUAUCGCACAUCUCCAGUUCACUCGAGAAAGUCACCAAAUUUCUCUCCUCCGUCAAGGCGAUAUUCACGUUCUCCCUCGCCCAGAGGAUUCUUGGAUAGGCGUAGGCGGUCUCCCUCUCCUUUAUCUCCAACUUAUAGAGCUGGACCAACAGGGUCUCCACCUAGGUAUUCUAGGUACUUGAGUCCUGUGGGAAGUCGAGCCAAAUCACCUGGUAGAAGAUUGGGCUCGCCACCUAGAGGUCGUCGUUCCUCUUCCUUGUCACCUCGCAGGCAUCGCUCCCCGACCCCUUCCAGAUCACCACCCAGGAGACCACUCUCUCCUUUGCGCAGGCCAUCCCCUGUCAGAAGGCCACACUCCCCCAGUUGGCGACCCCUGUCUCCUAGCAGACGUUACCCAUCUCCUGGUAGGAGAUCGUAUUCUCCAUCUCGAAGAUUGUCCCCUGGUAGGAGGCCUUUGUCGCCAAAUAGACGAACA